CGAGAGCCCUGGUCUUCCCGUCCAGGUUUAACCCGCGCCUACGCGGUAAAUUCCAGGAGGUGCUCCCAGCCUAGCCCGUUGCGCCCGGCUCUGCGCCUGGGCAACCCGGGCUCCCUCCAGUCCCUGGCGCUCUCCGCACCCGCCACCUUAGGCACGGCGGCCGAGCGCUGGCUGCGCCCUCUGGGCGCGCUCCCCCGAAUCCGAAGUUCGCGUCGCAAGUCUGAACUUGGGAGGAACGCGCCCCGGGUCCCCGCCCUUCCCGGACUGCCCGAUCCCCAUCCCCCGCAACCGGGAGCGCGCAGGCGCAGCCGGCCGGGAGUCCCGUCAGCGGUCCCGGAGCCUGUGUCGCGCCCGUGCCGGUAGCGCCGCUGCCACCGCUCACCAUGGGCCCGGGUCCUCGGCUGCUACUACCUCUCGUCCUUUGCGUGGGGCUCGGCGCGCUUGUGUCUUCUUCGGGGGCCGAGGGCUUCCGCAAGCGAGGCCCCUCGGUGACGGCCAAGGUCUUCUUUGAUGUGAGGAUUGGAGACAAAGAUGUUGGCAGAAUUGUGAUUGGCCUCUUUGGAAAAGUUGUGCCCAAGACAGUGGAAAAUUUUGUUGCUCUAGCAACAGGAGAGAAAGGAUAUGGAUAUAAAGGAAGCAGGUUUCAUCGUGUCAUCAAGGAUUUCAUGAUUCAAGGAGGUGACAUCACCGCUGGAGAUGGCACUGGGGGUGUGAGCAUCUAUGGUGAGACAUUUCCAGAUGAGAACUUCAAGCUGAAGCACUAUGGCAUUGGGUGGGUCAGCAUGGCCAACGCUGGGCCUGACACCAAUGGCUCUCAGUUCUUUAUCACCCUGACCAAGCCCACCUGGUUGGAUGGCAAACAUGUGGUAUUUGGAAAAGUCAUUGAUGGGAUGACAGUUGUGCACUCCAUAGAGCUCCAAGCAACUGAUGGGCAUGACCGUCCACUCACCAACUGCUUGAUUGUCAACAGUGGCAAGAUAGAUGUGAAAACGCCUUUCGUGGUUGAGGUCGCUGACUGGUGACAUAACUGGCAGAAAACAAGGAUAUGCUUUGGCAGGGGUGUGUGUGUGUGUGUGUUUGUGUGUGUGUGGUGUGUUGUCUUUCAAUUAUUUGCUUUUUUUUUUUUUACUUUCUUUUUGUAUUCUAUCGCAGAUCACAGGAAAGUUAUAAAAAUCAAACCAUCACCCUUUAGUUUGCUUGAACUUUAGUAAACCACCUGCUUAGGGACUUUUAACUUAAAUAUAUCCCCUUCCUCAAGUGGUGCUAUUUUUAAACUAAAAAAAACUUUGAAUUGGCUAUUUUUUUAACGCAAUAAUUUUUUUUAUGAAUUCAUUAUGAUCCCCAUAUUGGGUAAUGCUGAACAUUUAUCUGAAACAGAUGAGGAUAUUAAGUUUAUUAUUUUGUAUCCAAACAGAAAUUCAGAUAAAGGGAAAUUUGACUAGUGUAACCUGAGAUAUGUCAUAGGGAUUUCUUUCUGACAAAAGGGUGCUUGGCUGUUCUUUAUAUUAAAUACUUUUAGAUCAA